CAUCUACACAUUGAAAUGGAGUCAACAGCUUGGGAUGAAAGCAUCUACAGCAAUACUUUUGACUACUAUACUUCUGACAAUAGCAGUGAUGUUAGCAAUUUGUGUGAGAUGGAUGACUUAUCUUUAUUUAGUAGCCUUCUCACGACUAUCCUGUACUCUCUGGCCUUUUUGUUCAGCCUGCAAGGAAAUAGUCUAGUGUUAUGGAUCCUAAUGAAAUAUGAGAACCUUACGUCUUUAACAAAUGUGUUUAUCAUGAAUCUUUGCAUCUCUGACCUGGUGUUCUCAUGCAUGCUGCCCUUUUGGAUUGUGUAUUCUUUAUAUGGCUGGAUCUUCGGGGAUGUCCUUUGCAAGGCUGUAAAUGCUGUUUUCUCCAUCAGCUACUACAGUGGUAUUUUCUGCGUGACCAUGAUGACUAUUCUCCGAUACCUGUUGGUGGUGAACCCCCUGUCAACCCUGAGAACGCACACCCGCCAGUAUGGUGUUCAGGCGAGCUUGAUCAUUUGGACUUUUAGCAUAUUGAUUGUGGUUCCUGAGAUCAUGUACACCCAGAAGCAACCUGAUUUUGAAGACCGCUUUAUCUGCGAUUACAGUGACAAGUACUGGAAGGAUUUGGACCGUUACCUGAGAAUUGUCUCCUUUCUGUUUUCUUUUAUUGUCAUUGUAUAUUGUUACCUCAGGAUACUGACAAUUCUACUCAAAUCAAGAUCACAAAGGAAACAGAGAACUGUGAGACUCAUUCUCAUUAUUGUAGUUUCCUUCAUUUUCAGCUGGGCACCUUAUAAUAUAGUCUCUCUUAUGCUUUCUUUUCCAUCUAAAAGCUGUGAGUUUGAGAGGAACAUUAACAUUGCCUUCUACAUCAGUCGCAAAAUUGCUUUCUCCCACUGUUGCCUCAACCCUGUGCUCUACGUAUUCGUUGGGGUCAAAUUCAGAAGGCAUUUGAGGCACCUGUGCAGUCACUAUUGGACAUGCAUGAAUGGUCCAGUCGCCAGCCCCAAGAAUUCUUCUCAUGGCAAGUUCCACUAUGAAGAUGCCUCCAUUUACUGAAGCAAAGUCUGUUCUGCAGUGCAAAUCCUGAGGGAAAUAUUCUAAUUUAGAAAUGCCUUAUUAAUAGCUGAUUUCAGAGGCAUUCAUCUAAAAGCCGGGGGGGAAAAGGGGAAGCCAUUUGUUUUGCUUGUAAAUAAUCCUUUUUGAACUUUUUAUGUUCUCAUUUACACCUAUUUGUUUCCAUUGCUCUCAGUAGUUUCGCACUGGUAGAAAUCAGAGCAGCAUUUGCCUCCUGUCUGUACUUGGAUGAAGCCAGGUCUUAGGUCUUAGGUCUGGAAUCUGGACUCUCUGAUGUUCUUUUCCCUCUUUUUGUGUUAGUGGGUGCAUCUAUGUGUGUGGUUUACUACAGAGUGGACUCAUAAGCUCCACAGUACAGCAUGACCAUCUAGACAUGCACCCACAUUAGGGCACCGUAAAUUGCUUAGCUGUGCUGUAGGAUAGUACUGUCCGAGACAAAUACUAUCCUACAGUGGAGUAGUUACGUGUGCCAAAAUGCACGUGUAGAUUGUGACCAGGGCUGGCUGGGGCAUGAGAGUGCUACAGUGUGGAAGCUGCCUGCUGGCUAGACCCCACAGUGUAGCCCCCUUGCGCCCCAGUCAGCCUACUAGGACAGAGCAAUCCUGGGCUGGCAGGCUGAUCUCCCAAGCACCCUGCCAGCCAGAGUUGCUUCACCCCAGCACAUUGUGCUAAGGUCCUGGGUGCACAGAUGAAUGCUGUGCCUGGGAACAAUAAACUCCGACACAAGCUGCACCAGAUCUUAUUGCUAUGUGCUAAUUGCAUAUAUAGGUGCAUUUAGUAGCUACUGAUAUCAGCUUAGUGCAAACCCUUUUUUAUUGUUAGAGUAGUUUGGAAAUUGGUAAAAGGAACUACAUUUUCAAAUGCACUAAUACGUACUUAAUUCUCGUAACCACAAAGGGUAGAAUGAAUAGUCAUUCUGAAUAAAGCUGAAGCUUUUCACAUUUUAAUAGUUAUUAUCAAAAUAUAGAUAGUCUCCUUUCUUUGUAAAAUAUGCUUUAGGUUUUCUUCUUUUCUUCAAGGAAUGAUAGAAUUGAAUUUGCUCCAUACUCAUAAUGUACCUGAAUUGCAGAUGCUCCUGAUACUAUAAUAUUUGAUAUCCUAAUCUGGGUGUAGAAUCUCAGAUUUAAUAAUGAGGUAAUAUUUUGCAACGGACCUUGAAAUAGCGCUUCAAUUAGCAACUGCUUUUCUUAGGCAAACACUUUGCAGUAUCUUCAUGGAACUGACAGUGUAAUUUUGUUUGAUCUUUAAAAUGCACUUGUAUUCAACCACAUAUUCAGCCAGUCCCUUAAAGCAUUGUUUAAAAGCUUUUAUUGUGGCUUUUAGGGUUUGUGCUUGAAUAUAGCUGCCAGAAAAAAAAUCAAAUAUUUUUACCUGCUGUUAGAGCCACAGUUGAGUCCCAACAUGGCAAUAAAGACUUUUGGGAAAUCUGGUUACGCAUUUUAUACAUUAAACUUGAACGAGUCUUUCUUUUUUUGUAUAGCUAGCACACCUGGGAAUGAUGAGUCUUUCACCUUUCUUAGCUGAGGUGCCUUUCCUCAUGAGGGAGGAUUCCAGACGCAGGUUCUUCUCAAAAAGACCCUUGAUGUUAAUGGGACUCAUCCCACCAAUUUCAAUAUCCUUCAGAUCAGGCCUUUCAUGCCUUCGGACAUAUCGAUGCAGGCUGCCCAAAGGACAACUGGAAUACUUCUUCCAUGUACAUUUUUGUAAAACAGGAGUAACUCCAUUGACUUAUGCCUGGAUAAAACAGAUCCUGUGUGUUGGAGGCAUUUCAACAAAUUGCUUUGAAACCUGAACUCUCACUAAAGCUACCAGGGACCCUCUAUAACACCUGUUGUAGAUACAUUCUAUAAUCUGUAUAACUCAGGUAAUAUACUAGAGGCAUGUGAGGCUCUUUUUCUUAGUUUAAUAUGGCUUGCUUACAGCAAUUUUCUUUAUAACCUGAAUAUGCUUUGUGGUAAGAAACCUCGACACCUGAAAGUAAAGUGCAUGCAGAAAAACUGAAUAUACUAAAUGGAUUGUUACCUACUGUAACCUAUGUUCAGCAAAUGGACUUCCCCCCCCCCCGACCUAUUCUACAAAUAUUGAGAGAAACCAUGCAAUAAUAUACUGUAGA